AUGACGCCCUUCUCGCUGGCCGACACGUCACUCUCGCCCGGCUGCCAGGCCCUCUCGUCCUCCCUCUCCGAUGCCGUCUUCCCGCGCGAUUCCUCGGUCUACCGGUACGAGUCGCAGGAGUUCUGGUCCAACACGGAGAUCCUCUCGCCAGGAUGCGUCUUCCGUCCGCAAUCCAGCGACCAGCUGUCACAGGGUCUGCAGGCGCUGGUAGACACCGACGCUGAGUUCGCCGUGCGCGGCGGCGGCCACAUGGGGAUUCAGGGAUCGAACAAUAUCGACGAGGGUGUGCUGAUCGUCAUGUCGAACCUGACCACCAUGCAGCUCUCCGAGGAUCAAUCCAUCUUGUCUGUGGGCCCGGCUUAUCGUUGGUCCGAUGUCUACGCCUACCUAGGUAAAUUCGGCCUCGCCGCCGCAGGAGGUCGCCUCGGCCCCGUCGGCGUCCCCGGCCUGAUCCUCGCCGGCGGCGUCAACUUCUACGGCAACCAGGUUGGCUUCGGGUGUGACACCGUGGUCAACUACGAGGUGGUCCUGGCGGAUGGCGACGUCGUGCAGGCGAACAAGACGUCGAACCCAGACCUAUUCUGGGCGCUGAAGGGCGGUAGCAGCAACUUCGGCAUCGUGACGAGAUUUGAUAUGGAGACGAUCAGGUCGCCCAAGGUGUGGGCGGGUGCGCAUACCGUCGAGGCGAAGUAUGUGGAUCAGUUUUUGGCUGCCGCUGCUAUCUACGCCGCCAACAUCUCCGACCCCAAGACGCACAUCGUACCCGCGCUCGUGCAGGGCGAGACGCUGAUGGCCUCGGUGAUUCUGUUCUACGACAGCGAGGAGGUCAGCUACCCGGAUAUUUUCAAGCCCUUCACGGACAUCCCGUCGAUCAGCAGCACAGUUGGCUUCAAGACUUUGGGCGAGUUUGCCGCCGAGACGGGCGAAAUGGUGGUGCCUCAUAUCAAUGACGUCUUCGUCGCCGGCACUGUCACCGGCACCAACUACAAGACCCUGCUCGAAGGUAUCACCAUAAUCAAUACCACCUUCUUCAACGAGCUACCCAAGCUCCUGGACCAGGUCCCCAUGGCCAACAUCUCCACCAUACAGCUGGACUGGCAGCCCAUCGGCGCCGACUGGAUGCGCGCAUCUGAGUCCCGCGGUGGAAACGCCCUCGGUCUGGAUCCCUCGAAGAUCUACCUCUGCUACGCAGAAGUCGUCGAGUGGAUUGGCUCAGCGUACGACGACAUCGUGGCCCAGUGGGUGCAGGAGACGACGUACGCGAUCAACAACGCGACGAUGAAGGCCGGCCUGUACGAUCCCUUCAACUACAUGGGUGACUCGGCCGGAUUCCAGAAGAUCUUCGAAGGGUAUGGCGAGGAGAACCAUGCCAAGUUGCAGGACAUCGCGAAGAAGUAUGACCCCGAGGGUGUGUUCCAGCGGUUGAUGCCCGGUGGGUUCAAGGUUUUCUAA